ACAGUGUCAUCCGGACAGCUACAGUUCAGACGGCAAAAAGCAUUUUGGAUCGGGGCGUCAAAAGGCUUGUCCCACUGCCAAUUCAACCCGAUCUCGAGAAACCCGAACAACUAGCCACCGAGACGAAAUAAGAUGGGAACUUCAACCACACCUCGCUAGUUUGAUCGGUACCCUCUCAACGGGGGGAGAAUGUUACGCCAUGCGGCUUACCAUAGGUCAUAUUCUUAACUAUCGAUCGCGGCACUAUAAUGUCGCAGACGGACCGUCGCGUCUGCCCGGCAAACAAACAUUGUAGUGGCAAGCGCAUGAUUCAUUAAGCAGGGCGACUUCCAGAAACGUCGACUCGUGGUCGUUAUUUUACCUCGCGUAAAAGAAUGUGGCGUGAUCCGAACGUAGUGGGGGUCGCCUUCCAGAAAAAACGAAAAAAAUCGAAAGGCGUUCAGAACUUUUCGAGAAGUCGAACCGUCAACACAGGUGGCGCUUGGCCAUGAAUCGCUGCAUUAGGUUUUCGUAAUCCCCGAAACCCAGACAAACCACUAUGGAAGUGCGGAGGUUCCCUGAUAUCGGCUAGGCAUGUUUUGACCGCAGCACAUUGUGCACAUAUGGAUGGAAUAGAAAACAUACACAAUCAUAAUAUUGCCAUUCUUAGAUUGGUGGAGGAGGUGCCAUUUUCGAGGUACGUAUAUCCCAUUUGUACGAAAGAGCCCCUACGAAAGAGCAACUUCGUCGGCUAUAACCCCCUUGUUGCUGGAUCGGGAGCAUUAAGAUAUAGACGACCACGACGUAAUGCAUUAAUGGAAGUACAAAUGCCAGUGAUUAAGAACGCCGAAUGCAAAAUAGCUUAUUCCAAAUUUCCUAAUGCACCUGAUAUCACUGAUGGUAUAAUAUGCGCCGAACAUGCUCAGGGUGGAGAGGAUUCUUGUACGGUAAUUAAGUUACAGAGUUACUACAAACUAUACGGUAUCUGAAGACACGUCGAUUCGAAUUAACAUCAAAUCGACGUCUUAAACAUUAAAAAUAAUAGAUAAACACAAUUUAAUAGUUUUGCCCACUUCUCACACCU